AUGGACGGUUCGGCCCACCUUCAUGGCCGUGAUCCUCAGGAUGCCGGUAAACAAUUGCUUGAUCUUCUCCAGAAGCCUUUCAGUGAACAGCUUCAAGCUGCCUCGCUGUAUUCUGCUUUGGCCACUUCACUUCCAAUCACCAUCGGCAUUGCCAUCAUAUUCUCAAUCUUGCGACCAUAUCACCAAGCUAUCUACGCCCCAAAGCUGAAACAUGCCGACGAGAAACAUGUACCGCCCCCUAUAGGAAAGGCUCCGUGGUCGUGGAUCACAACAUUAUGGCGAACCAACGAAGAUAUGCUUGUACCAUUGAUUGGUAUGGAUGCCACUGUCUUCUUACGCUUUGUCCGAAUGUGUCGCAACAUGUUUCUCACCUUAUGUGUUACCGGUGUUGGCAUUCUUCUCCCUAUCAAUGUGUCGAAAUGGCAGAGUUUCAAGGGUGAUAAGACCCCCAACUGGGUCGUUGGCAUCACUCCUCUUAAUACAUUCGCCCCAGCGAUCUGGUCUCAGGUUGUCAUCGCCUGGUGUUUCAACUUCAUCAUCAUGGGCUUUCUCUGGUUCAACUACAGAAAGGUUCUCCAGCUCCGGCGCAAGUAUUUCGAAACCGAAGACUACCAAAAGAGUCUUCACUCUCGUACCCUAAUGGUUUUUGAUAUUCCCAAGAAGGGCUGCUCCGACGAAGGCAUCGCUAGGAUCAUCGAUCAAAUCGCCCCCAACUCGUCUUUUGCUCGAACCGCCGUCGCUCGAAACGUAAAAGAGCUACCAGCUCUUAUUGAACAGCACGACCACGCCGUUCGCAAACUUGAACAGAUCCUGGCUAAGUACCUUAAGGAUCCCAGUAAUGUUCCGGUUGCUCGCCCUAUGUGCAGACCCUCCAAGAAGGACCGAUCGUAUGGAACUUAUCCCAAGGGCCAGAAGGUGGAUGCUAUCGAAUACUACACUCAGCGAAUUCGCGAUCUCGAGGUACACAUCAAAGAGGUUCGCGCGAGUGUUGACAAGCGAGGCUCGAUGCCCUACGGUUUCGCCAGUUAUGCGGACAUUGCAGAGGCUCAUGGUAUCGCGUACGCUUGUCGCAAGAAGAAGCCUGUUGGCGCCACAGUUAGGCUUGCACCCCGACCUAACGACAUUAUCUGGGAGAACAUGCCUCUCUACAGCAGCACACGUGGAAGGCGACGAUGGGUUAACAACAUGUGGAUUACCGUUCUAACCUUCCUCUGGAUUGUUCCUAACCUGGGUAUCGCCAUCUUCCUUGUGAACUUGCAGAACCUGGGUUCGGUGUGGCCUGCUUUCAUGACGGAGCUCGCUGCUCAUCCUAAGAUUUGGGGUGCUAUCCAGGGUAUCGCCGCACCAGCUAUCAUGUCUCUGACUUAUCUCGUUCUCCCCAUGAUUUUCCGUCGACUCUCUGUCAAGGCUGGUGACCAAACCAAAACUGGUCGAGAGAGGCACGUCCUGGCCAAACUUUACUUCUUCUUCGUUUUCAACAACCUUAUCAUCUUCUCGAUCUUCAGUGUUAUUUGGCAAUUCGUUGCCACUGUUGUCGCGGAUACAACCGGUGCAAAGAAGGAGGAUGUUUGGGAGUCUAUCAAGAAUAAUAACAUUGCUGAUUCACUGUUUGCGGCUCUUUGUAACAGCAGCGUCUUUUGGGUCACCUACCUACUUCAGCGCCAACUGGGUGCGGCUAUUGACCUCGCCCAGGCCUGGCCUCUGGUCCAAGCCUUCUUCCUCAAGAAGUUCUCCAGUCCGACACCUCGAGAGCUUAUUGAGCUUACCGCCCCGCCGCCUUUCGAGUACGCCAGUUACUACAACUACUUCCUUUAUUAUGCUACAGUCUGCAUGUGCUUCGCUGGCAUUCAACCUCUGGUUCUUCCAGCAACAGCCCUUUACUUCCUCAUCGAUUCGUGGCUGAAGAAGUACCUUCUCCUUUACCGCUUUGUUACCAAGACAGAGUCUGGAGGAAUGUUCUGGCGUGUCAUCUUCAACCGCUUCAUCUUCGCAACGAUUCUUUCCAACCUUGUUGUCAUGUUGACUUGCUGGGUUCGUGGUAACUUUGGAACUCACAUCGAAUUCUUUUGUGUCGUCCCUUUGCCGUUCAUCAUGAUCAUUUUCAAGAUUUACUGCAACUAUGCUUUCAACGACAAAAUCACAUACUAUAACACUCAAGAUGUUACGAAGAGUCCCGAGAACGGAGUCGACCCCAAGGAGAACCGCAUGCGAAGUGAGCGAUUGGCGAACCGAUUCGGCCACCCUGCCCUCUACCGACCUCUUAUCACACCCAUGGUCCAUUCUAAGGCGCAAAACCUUCUUCCUGCCAUUUAUAAGGGCCGCCUGAGUGAUGGCAGAGAUGUUGAUUCCGGCGAUAUGAUGACCGUGAGUGGUUACUCUGACAUGGUUAUGUUGGAUCCUAUGCAAGGCGGAAAACCAGGCAAGGCUGCCAAUAGCUUCCCAGGAUUCGAGUUUGUGAACGAUACCCAGAUGGAUUUCGAAUACUACAAGAACCGAGCCGAGUUCGCAGAGAACCAUGGUGGAGGCGAGAUUUAUGGUCGCCCUGGAGAGAUUGGUCGUCCCGGUACCCCUGGAUCCAUGGAUGGUAGCGAUUUCUCUCGACCUGGCACACCUGUUGGCCGCACUGGCUCACCUGCUGCAUUCGCUGGUGGAGCUGCCCAGCAGCAACGAUUGAUGUCUCUUGCCAGCAACGUCAGUGGCGAUACUAGCUAUACAUCUUACCGACCAGGCGGUAAUGCCGGUUUCACCCAGCAGACAACUUUGGGUCAAGAGCCCCCUGCUCGCGGUCGCAGCCCAUUAUACUCCCAGAACAACGGAAGCUCCUCUGGUCUCGGGCUCAUUUCGAACGCAGCAGCUCCCGCGUACAGCAGCAACCUCAGUACACCAGGUCGUAUGACACCUGUGCAGUCGCCUGGGCCUUCGGUCGGUGCUAUGGGCGGAGGACCUCAAGGCUACAGCGGUCUUGCACAGCACGCCCCCGAAGCUGACCCAUCCUAUGAUUAUUUCCGCGGCAACACUCGUCCUAGGAGAAAUCCUGGCGAGGGGUGGUAG